AUGCCAGUAACUACAAGACUCAAACGACAGGAAUUACCAUCCUCUACAUCUGAUAGUCGCCUCGAAUUAGAAGUCCAACGCACUGCAAGGAUGACAACCCACACUGACACUGUCCCCAUGGACAUCGACUUUGGCAAGCUUCCAACCGCCAUCGACACCAAUAAUUGCUCGGUAUCACCUGGAAAGAGCGAUUCCGGAGAUAGUGACAAGAGAAAUCUUUCCUAUACCGAUGACUUUGAGACGCUGCCUUCAAGUGGCCCGACCAGUCAUGCUCAUAUCAUCGACCUUCGGGAGUACGCUACAUCUAUGAAGGAAGAAGGAAUACUCAAACUUCAGGAUGCGAUCGCCACUACUCUAUUUAACGUGUCACUAGCCACGCUCAGAUCCUUUGUCAACUCCACAGUCAACACCUUCAAGGCUGUGUUUGGUACGAAGAAUGUACAGUUGGUCAUCUGGCGCAGGGGUCUCGAGGUCUUUAUUGGCACUUUCGAACACCACAAGUCAAUGAAAUUAUACCGCUUCGAGCAUGUCGCCGGCUUCCUGAUCGGCUACGAUGGAUCUUGGCACCUCAAGGUCACGGCUAGCAACGCCUACUCCGCCCCCAAGUGGCCAGAUAUUUGGGCUGGCAAGUUCGAGUGCCACGGUGGUGUUGCGAAGAUGACGAUCGAGAACGAGGAGACGGGUAUGGCAAAGCAGGCUUCAAAAUUGGCAUCUGAGAUUAUUGGUCGCAGGUACUGGGAACUCAAGAUUGAUGUGAGGAUUGGGAACGUUAGUCAGCUUAUUGGUCGAAGUGCCCCGUCGGCUGCGCGACCUCCAGUAUCUCGUCUUGUCUUAGUGUACCCGCAAAACUUAAUUUCCACUUACCCGCAUCACUGAUCGAUAGCUAUGAACAUCGGAACUGUUCUUGUUCUCUCCUCGCCUUCGGUUUUACAGACACAUCAACUAUUAAUCCACAUCUAUAUCUCGGAAAGGUCCAACAAUUCCGCAUUGUCCUUCCGAACGAAUGACCACUGCCCUCAGAACCUCUGGCCUCCAGCAAGCUCAAAGCCACAUCUCUGUUCUCGUGCAUUGUCUUUCCGACAGAAAACUUUGAGCAAACCACUACCACAGUGGCAA